UUUAAUGCAGUGUACCCUCCAGAAAAACAAUGAACGCUGCAAACAAAAACCAAGACAAACAUGGAGAAGAUUUACCUUCCGAUAUUUUUUAUGAAUUUCGAAAUGACGAAGUUCCUUUUGAAGAUGGAUGGAGUUUAACCGAAGGGGAAGAAGACUUUGAAGCAACAGUAAAAGCCAUCCAAGCCCGAGCAGAAGCCAGAGCUCGAGCUAAUCAAAGUUCCAGCGCAAACGCCAGCACACACCCACCGCCUUCCGUAGCACAGUUUUUAAGACACUUUCUCUGGGAAAUGGGCAUGAAAGAAACACUCGACUGUUUUCAGAAUGAGUGGGCUGAGAUGGUACAGAAAGGGCUGGUAGAUGAAGAGUGGGUUGAUGUGGUACCGGACGUAUACAUUGAAAACCAGCGCUUGGACAAAGAGCUUAAAAACGCUCGACGGGAGAGGGAAGAAUACAGACAGGCCACAUCUGUCGCAGCUGAGACACUGGUACAAGUCAAAAGAACCAGAGACAUCCACCGCAUGCGGCAUAAGCGUGUUGUUCAGGAAAAAAGCAGAGUAAUCGAGGAGAUCAGAAAACUCAAGCAACAAUGCGAAAGCCACGAAUCUGCACUGAAGCGGAUGAAUGAAAAAUACCAGGCAGUUCUAAAGCAGGUCAUGCUGGUGGCUAUGCAGACUGACAAAUCAUUAUUAGAGGUGAACAGUCAGUCAGACCAGCAGGGGACCCUCGUUUAUGGGGGUGAAGCAAUGAACAAGAGUGUCAGAGAGACAGCACAUCCAGUGACCCAACCAAGACCUCCAGCACAUCGUGGCUGCCCUGGGAGACAGUUGAGGGUGCAGCCAGUGAAAGAAAGCAAAUGUUCCCUAAAGUGAAUAUCAGACCUCAUUUAAACUGUCUUCAUGUGUUCAUUUCCAUUGUAUAGAGAGCACUUGUGAGAAUUUAUUGACCCAAUGUACUAAAACCUAGAGAUAAAUAUUUUUCUUUGUCUGUACUGCCUAAUAGUGUGAAAAUAUGAUGCAGUCGUUUGAUUUAGUCUAAGAUAUCUGUUGCUAAAGUCUCAAAAAGAUAAGUGAAAUAAGGAUGUCUUAGUUAAGCAAACGUCUGCUGACAUUAAUGUAAAAUUGUAUUUAUUAUAUUAACCUACUAAACAUUCAGAAUUGGAUUCUUGCAAAGAUCUUGAUGUUCUCAGUGUAAUUUUUGUUGUUCAGUUGAGCGGGAUCUAGCUUUAGUGAUCUGUUUGGCACAAAUGAAACUGCUCCAAUAUUUCUCACUAAUUCUGGAGUUCUGUGUAAUUUGUAGGCAUGAAUUUGAGUAUUAUCCAAUAGUGAAUAGACAGGUUUAUGGUUUUUUUGUGUAAGUUGUUUAUUGCCGAUCAUGAACAUAGGCACCGUAUAAUGUUAAAUUUAGCCAUUGUGUUUAAUUUAAACUAGACAGAGGAAUAAACCUAAAAUUAGAUUAAGCUCUAUUAAGCUCUUCACUAAAAAAAUUUUUUUUGUUAUGGGCUGACACUCAAGCCGUGCACAUCACAACAGCAUUGGACAAAAUA